CUGCCGCCUGCCGCGAUUAGUUGCCACAUAGCGCCCGAAUAGCGCCGAGCUAAGUCUCAUAGUUUUGUUGUUAUUACUAUUUACGGUGCAUGUACUGUUCUAAUACAAAUGUUUUGGAUGAUACACAAUUUUUCCAGACAGUGAAUUCAAUGCGAUAAACAGACACUAUUUUUAAUUAUUAAAAAUAAGUAAUCAGUUUUUUAAAUGCAUAUUUUUAAAAUAUCGUGACCGUCAAUCAAAUGUAAAGGUUUAAAGUGCGGUUUUUUAUCAGUGAUUUUAAAACUGAGUUUUACUAUUUUUACUUUUGUUAUUAGCAACAAGUUGACAGUUGAAUAAUAAAAUAAUAAGCCGUUUGUUAACUUGUUUUUAAAAUGUAUUCAGACGGGCACGAAGUAGACGGCAGUUGGGUACUGCGCGUCUACGUUACGGAUUUACAGGUCGAGAGAAAUCUUCGCGUCAAAGGAGAGCUUCAUAUUGGUGGUGUCAUGCUUCGUCUUGUUGAAGAUCUUGAUAUUGCCAUGGACUGGUCGGACCACGCACUUUGGUGGCCUAAAAGAAAUCACUGGCUCACCAGAACAAGGAGCACUUUAGAUCAGUACGGAGUUGCGGCAGAUGCUCUUUUACAUUUUACACCGAUGCACAAAACACUUCGUGUACAAUUGCCAGACAUGCGUUAUCUUGAUUGUCGAGUUGAUUUCUCUGUCAAGACUUUUAAUACUGUUAUAAAUCUAUGUAAAGAAUUAGGAAUAAGACAUCCAGAAGAACUAUCAUUUUGCAAACCCCUUGAGCCUAAUCACUUGAAGUACAACUUAAAAGAUCUGCCAGCGAAAAAGAAGAUAGAAAAUCAAAAGAACGGACAUUGGAACGUGCCAGCGGAUACAAACACUUUUAUCCCAGUCAGUCAAAGUCCACAAGGAUCGAAUGGAAGUUUAGAUCAGAGCAGUCCUUUUAUGUGCGCUCCAGUCACCCCGAACAAUAGGAAUCACAGCACGCCCAUCAGUUCUCCAGUUUCACAUACGGGCACUUGGAAGAGGAAUAAUAAUUCAUCAGGAUUCGGGAGUACCGGUUCAUUCAAUGCAAACAAUAGUACAAUGAGUUUAGAGGCAUUAAACGGUGGGAUGACCGAGUCAUUGGCUCAGAGCCCAUCCGCGGCAUCACCAGACGUCCAUGCCAAACUAAUAAAACCUAAAAAUCUGGUGGAACGCGCACGGAUGAACGUCGCAUGGCUUGACUCCUCUCUCUCAAUAAUGGAACAAGGCAUUAGAGAAUUUGACAUUCUCAGACUUAGAUUUAAAUUUUAUUCGUUUUAUGAUUUAAAUCCGAAAACUGAUGCUGUUAGAAUCAAUAUGAUUUACGAGCAAGCUAAAUGGCAGCUUCUCGCCGAAGAAAUUGAUUGUACUGAAGAAGAGAUGCUGAUGUUCGCAGCUCUGCAGGUACAAGUGAAUCUCCAGGCAAGUAUGCCACAGCCGAGUUACGAGAGCAAUGGAUCAUCAUCGCUGAUUGAAGAUGAUAUUGAUGCAGCACUUACGGAUUUACAAGUCAGUCUCGAAGGUAGCAGUAUCAGUAAUGGAACCAGCGAUGUUACUCAAGUACCAGAGCUCUGUGAUUAUCUUCGGUUCUUCAAACCAAAACGUUUUACGCUCAAGGCAUUUAAGCGUUACUGGUUCACAUGCCGAGAUCUACAGCUCAGAUUGUAUAAAACACGCGAGGAGAGCCACAGUUCUGAGGCACCAGCUUAUAUUAUUAAUUUACGGGGAUGCGAAGUCACACCUGACGUUCAUCUCUCUCAAGGACGUUAUGGGAUUAGAUUAGAGGUCCCUAGUGCUGAUGGAAUGACGGAAAUGUGGAUUAGAUGUGAUACGGAACAACAAUAUGCCAAGUGGAUGGCUGCUUGCCGGUUGGCUGCUAAAGGCAGAUCAUUAGCAGACUCUUCCUACGAAAGCGAAGUUAAUAGUAUCAGCGCCUUCCUACAAUUACAAAGACCAGCUCCAGCACCUGCGAUUAAUCCUAGUUCACUUAAUAUUACACCUGAAGACUAUGUUGCGCCCAGAUAUGCCAAGAAACUUAGAGGAAAACUGGUACAAAGAAUCUUGGAAGCACAUGCAAACGUCAAAGAUCUUCCAUUAGUCGAGGCUAAAUUAAACUACAUAAAAGCAUGGCAAUCACUGCCUGAAUAUGGCAUUUCAUUGUUCAUCGUACGAUUCACUGGAAAAAAUAAAGACGAAUUACUCGGUAUCGCAAAUAAUCGACUUAUGCGUAUGGAUUUGCACAGUGGAGAUCACUUGAAAACAUGGAGAUACAAUACAAUGAAGGCCUGGAAUGUUAAUUGGGAAGUCAAACAUAUGAUGGUACAAUUCGAAGAAGAGAAUAUAAUUUUCGAGUGCCAAUCGGCAGAUUGUAAAGUCGUACAUGAAUUUAUUGGAGGCUAUAUAUUUUUGUCAAUGCGUUCCAAAGAAGCUAAUCAAACGUUAAACGAAGAAAUGUUCCACAAAUUAACCGGUGGAUGGGUUUAAAUGUUAUUAAAAAUUAUUAUAA